AUGUCGGAUAUCUACAGUAUUUUCCGGCCAAGCAUAUAUGAUGUAAGUUUAAGAAAAAAGUUUUCUUUUUCAUGAUUUUUCUAUCAAAAGGAUGAUUCAAUUCUGGAGGGACCAACUGAAACUUCGAAACUGGCUUCAUUGUUCAAAAAUAUUUAUGAUCGUCUUCUGACAAGUUAUCAAAAAGAAAAUGCUGUCAACGAGUUUCCAUUUGUUAUGGCAUUCUUCUUUUGUUUCAGCGUGAGCUUCUAGCCAGAAUUCUGUUGACUUUCCGAAUAAUUUCAGAUUUUGAACUACAUAAGCUUAUUUGUGUUUUUUGAAUAUGAGUUUGUAUUUCACAUUGGUUAUCUAUUCAUAAUUGCCAAUAUUUUAUUGCUCGGAAUUCCACUCGAACUUGCUCAUGGAACUCUUAAAACAUAUACAAUUGUCACAAUCUCUUUCAUCUUUUCUCAUUCUUUAUAUUAUUUUCAAACGGUGUUUGAUAACAUCUUCAAUAAUUCGAGAAGGAUUUUAAUAUUUGAUGAAAGAGCAAUUAUUAUUUCACUUGCUAGUCUUCAAUUAACUGGAAUCGUAAUGAAUAGUCAUACUUUUUCGGUUAAAAACAAAAUACUUCGUAUAUCUAUGAUAUUAUUUCUCAUAUUUCCAAUGCUUAAAUGUGCAUUGACAUUGGAUAAACGUAGGCAAAUUCCUCCCGAAUCCGUUUUCAUUGCCUAUUUUGCGACUUCUUCAAUUGGAAUUGUUUUGGGAAAAUUUUGGAUUUAUGGCAAUGAUGUGAGUUUUCUAUGAUUAUGACUAUGAUUUGUGAUAGAUUUUAAAAUGGGGCAAAGUAAACUACAGAAAAGUAGGGCACCUUUGGUGUAGUGAAACCGCUAGAAAUAUUUGUUUUCGAGAAGCGGAGAACUUUUUUCCGAAAAAAAAUGUUCCAUAAACUUUUUCAUUGUAGUCAUGAAGUUUAUGGACUUUUUUACAAAAGCUUCUCUAGAAAUAAUCCCUAUGGAAUUUCAAUUUUCAGAUUUUAGGUUCGGUGUUUUGGCCCUCUCUCCCAUUUUCAAAAAUAAAUAAACUCAUUAUCUUUUUUCAGAGAAAACUGCUACGAAACUACAUUUUGCUGAUAAUUCUUAUUUCUAUCAUCGUUUUCUUCAUCCAAUUCAAUGUUCUAGGCAAAACAAUUUUCUGAAAAAAAAAGGAAAAGUGUCUAAAAAUGCUCUGCAAAACAAUUUUUUGUAAUAUUUCGAAUACAUUUGUGUUAUCAUGUUGUAUUUCGCCGAAAAUAUUUUUUUUCUAGAUAGAUUUUUGUGAUUCAUCAAUUUUAUUGCACAAAAAAAAUAAUGAUCGUUGUCGAUGUCUCUCAUAUAUCAUAAUAAAUAUUUCUCACAAUUUUUGACCGUUUUCUAUUUUCUUUUCUUAUUUUCCGGACCUAACCUACCGCAAUUUUUGAUUAAUGAUCGGUUUCGACGAUUUCCGGAAAACUUGAUUUCUUUUAAAAACCCCCCAAAUCAUUUUCAGAAAUCAGCAGAUAUGUCUGUCACUUGGAAGAAAAUCAAGGACAGAAUGCCAAUUUUUGAAAAUGUGAGUUCUUUCCUAAGUUUUUCGAUUCAAUAAAAAUAUAAUAAUUUUAGAGCGAUGUUCCUCUUCUUCCUCUUUAUAAUGAGCAAGAAGAAGUUGUUGAUGGAUCUGAAGAAGAAAUCGAAGAACAACAACAACAACAACAACAACAACAACAAAGAAAUGGAGAUGAAGAGGGAGAAGUUGUGAUUGUUCCAGGUGGACAAUUCGACAUUUCUCAAACUUUUGUCGAGCUUUCAAAGACUGUUUUGACAAGAGAUCAACAUCGUCAUGCUGUCAACAAGCUUCCAUUUUUUGUCAUUUUGUUCACCGCGGCUAUGGUGAGUUGAAACCCAGAAUGUUCUAGCUAUGACGUGGAAAAAACGUGGUUCAGUGAAAUCAUUUCAAAAAAUCCAAUCACUGUUGUUACGUCAAUCUCGGAGAAAAAUGUAGUACAAAGUGCAAAUUUCUAACUUGUUUUUGGAAAAUAUUUUAACCGGAAAAAUGAUCUUGGGAGAUUAUGAAAUUAUUGCUCAUAUUUCGUGACUCAUAUAUGAUUGUCAACAAUAAAAAAAUGUCGAUGGUCAAAGUUUUUUUGAAACGUCAUGAACAGAAUUGGAAAGAUGGAGAUUAGAAUUUCAGAAUGAUGAUUCUAUAGUAAGGAAAAGUUAAUAAGAUUUCAUUACUGUGAAUAGAACAUUUUUGAAGACAGAACUGUCAUCCCAAAAAACAGAAAAAAAAAUCGGCAGAAAUUGAGAAAAAACGUGUUGAAACAUGAAAAAUUCGAUUUUUCAUAAAGUUAAGCCUCCAUCUAAUCCUCAACAACUAAUAUGUUCAGGCAAUUGUUUACUAUGUCCAAAUGAUUAACUAUGAUAUCAACUCAAAUGAUCUCAUUUCGCACCACAUCGAUUAUUUCUACACAAUCUUUAUCACGUUGAUGUUCGGAAUUCCACUUGAAACAGCUCAUGGAAGUUCAAAAAUAGCCUAUUUGUUAAUCGCUUCCUAUGUUUCCAAAACUAUCAUAAUCGGACUCAUUCAUCCAUAUGCAGCUUUGGUCGCCGAUAAAACUCAAACCUAUACUUUCAUGGCUCUUCAUUAUACAAACGUGGCUAUGGUAAGAGCUUUUCCAUCAAGUUAACCAAAGUGAAGUAAAACUGUAAAAACUGCCCUUUUUCAGAACUGGAAAGAGAUGCCGCACAGAUGGUUCAGAAUCUUCGCUUUGAUCACAAUUUUUGUUCCAAUCACAAUUCUCAAUUUCUACCACCGUACAACUUUUGAUUUCCCAAUUCAUUGGCAAUAUUCAAUUGGUGCAGACUUGAUUCAUUUGGUCGGAAUUUUUAUUGGAAUCAUUUUCGGAUGUUGGGGAAUUUAUGGAAAUUCGGAGAAGAACUAUUUGAAAUAUGUUGCGAUUCCCGUUCUUAUUUUAAUUGCGACAAUUUUCGCAGUCUUGAUUACCAAUCUUUUCCCAAUGAUUUUUCCUGUCCCAAUUUCCAACUAA